AUGUCGUUCGUUGCAAAGCCGCUGCAAGCGCUCCUAACUGUUUUAGUCUUUACAACAACAUCGGUUUUAGGCUCCGAUAUCCGAAGGCAACCUCAAGGACACUCAGCAUAUCCAUAUUCAAGUGCUAAUGACACUAGACCAGUUUAUGCCGAUAACUCAUGUUCGUACUGGCUCGAACAGAUUCCUCACCAAGGCAUUGCCCCAUUCCAGGACGACCCUAACUAUCAGACCUUUCGCAAUGUGAAGGACUAUGGUGCAAUUGGAGAUGGCUUCACCGACGAUACCACCGCCAUCAAUCUAGCCAUCAACAGCAGCAAUCGGUGCGCGCCUGGUAGCUGUAACUCAUCGACGGUGACACCUGCUGUUGUCUACUUUCCAACCGGCACGUACCUGGUCACUGGAGAUAUCAUAGAUUAUUACUACACCACCUUGAUUGGCAACCCGAACUGCCUACCUACCAUCAAGGUCGCUUCGAACUACACAGGAGUAUUUGUUAUCGAUGGCGACCCGUAUGGUGCAAAUGGGCUCGCAUAUGGCGCUACUAACGUCUUCUGGCGACAGAUUCGCAAUUUUAUCAUAGACACAACAGCGGUACCUCCUACAACUCAGGCUGUAGGUAUACACUGGCCUACAGGUCAGGCCACCAGUAUCACAAACGUGGUCUUCAGGCUCAACGAACAACCAGGAACACUGCACUGGGGCAUUUUUAUUGAAGAAGGGAGCGGAGGCUUCCUAGGUGACCUUACUUUCAUAGGUGGACUGUAUGGAGCGAACGUUGGCAACCAGCAGUUUACUUCACGAAACUGGACCUUCUAUAAUUGUGUGACAGCCAUCAACCAAUUAUGGGACUGGGGCUGGACAUAUCAGCAAAUGUCUAUCAACAAUGUCUCUGUGGGUCUGAACAUGUCGAGUGGAGGACCGUCGGAUCAGGCUGUAGGAUCCAUUGUCAUGUUCGAUUCCGAAUUCAACGAUGUCGAGACUGGUAUCCUUCAUGCUCACACAGCGGACGCUUUACCUCCCGGCGCUGGCGCUUUAAUCCUGGAGAAUGUCGACUUCAACAAUGUAGGCGUUGCAGUACAAGGUCCAGACGGUGUUGAUAUACCUGGAAGUCCUGGAAACUUCAAUGUUCCUGCAUGGGUACAAGGUCAUGCUUACUCACCAUAUUCUACCAACUACACGGAACUGCAAGGAUACAUAACUCCCAACCUCAGGCCCCCAGCUUUGACCAGUCAAGGCAGGUACUACACACGGCAGAAGCCCCAAUAUGGAGACUGGCCCGUCUCGGAGUUCAUCAGUGCACGAUCUAUCGGUGCAACUGGUAACGGUGUCACGGAUGAUACGGCUGCACUUCAACGUGCUAUCAACAUGGCAGCAUCACAGCACAAGAUUCUGUUUAUCGAUGGCGGAGACUAUAUUGUCACGUCAACACUAUAUGUUCCUGGUGGCUCGAAGAUAGUCGGUGAAGUUUUCCCUGUCAUACUGGCCACUGGUUUUUUUUGGUCUGACAUCAACAAUCCACUGCCAGUCGUACAGGUUGGUAGGGCUGGCGAAGUCGGACAAGUUGAGUGGACAGAUGUGAUCAUGAGCACAAGAGGGCCUGCUCCUGGUGCAAUUUUGAUUCAGUGGAAUCUUGCCUCCCCAAAUGCACCUCAGUCAACAUAUGCUCCUCCAGGCUGGGCUGAUCAAGGCUCAUAUGCUCACGGCAGACCAGAAGCAUUGGGACCUUCUUGUAUGUUCGAUGUUCAUACUCGUCUAGGGGGCUUCACUGGGUCUGGUUUAGGCAUUGUUGAAUGUCCUUCGUCGGUCACACGCAGUAUACCUAUUCCACCUAACCCUAUUAAUCCGAACUGUAUCGCAGCCGCAGCAAGUGUGCACGUCACAAAGUCCGCCCGCAACCUCUACAUGGAAAACACCUGGCUCUGGGUAGCCGAUCACGACGCAGAUGACCAACAACUCAGACAAAUCACCGUCUACGCCGGACGAGGCCUUCUCAUCGAAAGCAACUACGCAGUCUGGCUCAUUGGUACCUCCGUCGAGCACCACAGCCUCUACGAAUACCAAUUCGUCAACACACAAGACGUCUUCAUGGGCCACAUCCAAACCGAAACAGCAUACUACCAACCCAACCCACCAGCAUCCAUUCCUUUCCCAGCCAUCCCAUCUCUCUCCGACCCGAUCUUCCCCUCCUACUGCCUCAACGGCUCCUCCUUCCUCCCACCAGACUACAUCCUCCAACCCAACGAGCUCUCCAACGAUUGCUCCGGCUACGGCCUCCGCAUCGUCGACUCCUUCAACAUGUACGUCUACGGCGCCGGCCUAUACAGCUUCUUCCACAACUACAACGUCACAUGCUCACAGCAAGGCUACGGCGCAGAAUGCCAGUCCCGCAUAUUGAGUUUUGAAGGCUCAUACCAGAACGUAGCUAUCUAUGGCCUCGCGACUGUGGGGAGUCAAGCCAUGGUAACAUUUGAUGGGAGGGAUGUAGUGUUUGCGGCGGAUAAUAUUGCUGGGUUUACGAGCACUAUCGCGCUGUUUCGGCCUGGUCAGGUUUAG